AUGCAGUUGUGCUUGAGCCUAGUUUCUUCCAGCUACAACUCAGAGAUACGGGAUUGUUUUCUCGCAUUCUGUCCAACAAAUGCCUUGUCGUACGACCAACAUAUGGUGCUCUGCACGAGCAUACAAAUGAGUACACACAGAAGCCAGUGGUGUUUGACCCAUUCCUCUUUCAACUCCUCUCCUUUGAUUUCUAUUUCCCUGAAGUGUAUGUGCCCCCGAUCUCAAACUCUUUCACGUGAUUUCUGGUACCAUAUUGCAACGUGGACAGUCAACUGUAUGUUUAUCAUGGAAGAAUUCGGACACAGCAGCGUUAUUGCCUGGGCAUUCGUCGAAGGGAUCCAUAUAUUCAACAUAAUCGUGGUUUCCGUCUUUUCCAAGGAAUUCCCCCUGAAGUUGUGUGGAACCAUUGCUUGGAGUAAGCUGAUAUGCGCCGCCAUUCUUCAGUCAGCAUAUGAUUUAAUUCCACUCUUGUGUUUAGCGCUCUGA